UCUCGACGAUCAGUACUUUGUUUACAUCAGUCAGAGAUCAUGAGGAUCCGUAGCAACCCGCUGCCCCGCCGGCUGGUGGAUGUCUUGUGCUUCCUGAUCAUUGGGGUCUUCCUGCCGGUGGUGUUCCUGUUCGAGAUCGUGGUGGUGCUGCCCGCUUUCCAUGAGCCCGGCGGCUUCUUGCACACCUUCACCUUCCUGAUGGCCAUGUUCCUGGUGUUUAAUAUCAAGGGAAAUAUGAUUGCCUGCAUGAUGAUCGACACCAGUGUGGAUGUGAAAAAGGUGGAUGCGCCACAGGAUCAGUUGGAUUGGAGGGAGUGCAGCGAGUGCCAGAGACUAGCCCCGCCCAGAUCUUGGCAUUGCAAGGUCUGCAAGGUGUGCGUACUGAAGCGGGAUCACCACUGCCUCUACACCGGCUGCUGCAUUGGACACAGGAACCAUCGCUUCUUCAUGGGCUUCAUUUUCUAUCUAUUUGUGGGAUCCGUCUACGCUCUGGUCUACAACUCCAUCUACAUGUGGAUCAUCCAGGGGCACAUCUAUUGCAACUGGCUAACCAUUCUCAAGCUGACCUGCCCCAUGCUGCUCCUGGUGACGGGUAGUUUCUGGGUCAACAUGUACCUGCUGUUCUACAGCUUGAAUGUUUUAGCCCUGGCCUAUGGAGUCCUACUCUUGGGUUACCAUGUGCCCAUCGUUUUGAGAGGCGGGGUUUCCGCCGAUCGCACAAAGGAGAGCAAGCAAAAGUACGACAGAGGAGUCUACGAAAAUCUGAGGAGUGUUUUUGGAGACCGCAUGCAUAUAGCCUGGUUAUCUCCACUGAUUCGCAGCGAUCUGCCGGAUGACGGAUACCACUGGAGUGCCUCUAAGAACAAAAAAGACUAAGACUGAUUAGCAUUUAGAAUGUAUACGUGCAAUACAGCUCCUACCUAGGAAUCCCGUAGAUGAGCACUGUGGCUUUGGCUGCUUCUGGCUGGUUGUAUGCCAAUCUUAAGGUGGUAAAGUUGUAACCAAUGCCGCCACUGAGAAUGAAUGCUCGUCCUUUCCAUUCCAUUUCACUUUCAUCGAUGAUCAAAAUCAGGUUAAUGUGGAAACACAAAUUGGCCUUAAAAGAAAUACCUAAGAAUAAAUUUUCAAAAGUAUUAUAUUUAAAA